AUGACCGCCAAUUUUCAGGCCACGGCGGGCGAACUCUCGCUCGUCACACGAAUAUUCGCUCAAUCUGACCCAAAGAAAACGGGAUUCUUGUCUGGAGAUGUUGCUGUACGAGUCUUUGGUGGAGCCAAGCUUCCGCCCACGGUUCUCGGGGAAAUAUGGAAUAUUGCAGAUGAUGAAAACCGGGGGUCGUUGAAUACUAAAGGUGUGGCAGUAGCAAUCAGGCUCAUAGGAUGGGCGCAGAAGGGUGAAAAAGUUACUCCUGCUCUUGUUAAUCAAGCUGGACCUUUGCCAACUAUUGAGGGUAUUUCAGGUGUUUCUACUCACAAUACUGGACUAUCAAUACCUCGCUCGCCGCCACCAGUCUCUGGAUUACCUCCAUUUACUGCCCAGGAUAAGGCCAAGUUCCAAAAUAUGUUCCUGAAGUCCGGGCCUACAAACGGACUUCUCAGUGGUGAACAGGCUCGCGAUAUUCUUUUAAAGUCAAAAUUGCCAAAUGAUAAACUCGGUCAAAUUUGGAAUCUCGCAGAUACCCGUAAUCGUGGCUCGCUCGACGCAGUCGACUUCGCUAUUGCGAUGUAUUUCGUACAAGGAGCAAUGUCCGGGCAAAUUACCACUAUCCCCCCGGUGUUAUCACCUGCUUUGUACCAACAGGCUUCAGGAUUUCCGGCGACACAGAGCGCCAUCCGAGCUCAAACGACAGGGACCAGUGGCUCUUUCAGCCCUAUCAAUAGCACUUUCUCUCAGAGAAGCGUGCAGUCUCAGUACACAGGGCAGAACCAGCUACCUUUACAGCCAGAUGUCACAGGCGGUUUUCCGGCACGCAGGGGUCCUCCUGUACCUCCUCAUCUUCCUGCACGGCCUAGUCCCUCACAAGUUGGAUCCGGGGCGUUUGGCCGGUCCAGUGUGAGCACCCAUUGGGAUAUCACACCGGCGGAGAAGGCCAAUUCCGACAAGUUCUUUGAUAACCUCGAUUCUCAGAGACGGGGCUACAUUGAAGGUGAUGUUACCGUACCAUUCAUGCUCGAGUCACAACUUGGUGAGGAAGAUUUGGCCCGAGUUUGGGACCUUGCUGAUAUUAACAACGAUGGUCGCCUCACGCGUGAUGGCUUCGCCGUUGCUCUCUAUCUCAUCAAAAAGAAGCUGGCGGGCAUCGAUGUACCUAUAACUCUGCCCCCGACUUUGGUACCGCCUUCCAUGCGCAAAGCUGAUGGGGCCUCUGCAUUCUCACCUGCGCCUGCACCUUCUCCCCCUCCUUCAGCACGAGAGCCCGCUAUUGAUCUGCUGUGGGAUGACACGCCAGCCCAACCAGUGUCCACUGCUGCUCCCUCUCGAGCGUUCAGCAUUCCCCUCCAGCCAACAGGCCCUCAAACCUCUGCGGCUGGCUCAUCGUUCAACUCGCCCUCUCAACCUCAGCCGGCGGCCCAAGACCCAUUCCGUUCCUCACCCUUUGGAUCCGGAUCUGCGAAGGAUCUACUCAGUGAUGAUGAUGACGUCCAAGCUGCGCCUCCUCGAUUGCACGAUCAAUCUGCUGAGAUCGGUAACACUCAAAACCAGCUUAACUCCACGAACCGAUCAUUGGAAACCGCCAAGACCAACCGAGCUUCUGUUGAACAAACUCUUGCUAACCAGGCUGCUCAAUUAAGUGCACUUCAGACUCAGCUUUCGUCGGCAAAGGCUGCCUAUGAGACAGAAACGAAACUAUUAUCAACUCUCCGGGAUCGUCUGAACACUCAGACGGCGGAAAUUCAGAAGACCCGGGAGACCCUUAUCAGUGCAGAAAGUGACUUGAGCGCUGUUCGAGUUGAAAAGGCAGAGGUUGAAGGUGCCUUUUUGCGGGACAAAGAAGAGGCUAGGGAGUUGCAUCGUAGGAUGUUGGAAGUUAGCCAACAAGCUGACACAUUGAAGGCGGAGAUGGAGAAAUCCAAGAAAGAAGCGAAACAGCAGAAGGGAUUGCUCGCAAUUGCGAAGAAGCAGCUGAGCACUAAGGAGGCUGACAGAGCCAAGGCCGAGAAGGAGUUGCAAGAGGCUAAUGCCGAGUUGGCUGCGGUGAAUAAGGAGAAGAUAGAGACGGAGAUGCAGAUUGCAGAGUUGGAUGCUGCUCCGAUCAUUGCACCUGCUCCAGAACGGGCACUUUCGUCGGACUCGCUGGCUUUUGCUGCGUCGCAUGCUUUGCCUGUUACACCUGAUCCGACAAGUCCAGCUGUUAGCACGAAGAGCAACAACCCCUUCGAUAGGCUUGCACUGUCUUCUGGUCAUUCGACUCCACGCUCAGAAUCUCCUUUUAUGCCGUUUGCGGCUACCUCUCUUCCAAGCCCGCCCACCGGCGCCCCUAGUUCAAACGUCGCUGCUGACAGUGGUGAUCACUUUGGUUUCUCUCAAGCAUUCGAAAGCUUGGACGUACCGCCCGAACUGGCGGUGUUGGAUGCUACUAAGGCUCCUAUUGAAGAACCGGAAGCAUCCACUCCAAAAUUGCCUGCUGCCGAGGUGCCUAAUGGACUACCAACAUCGGAAGCGCCCAUUUCGCCCGGUUCCGCUAGUGAGACCGAGGUUUUUACUACUCCACCUACGACAUCUGCAGGUCUCCUAGAAUCCGCUAAUGGCAAACAAUCGACAUUGGAAGUUACGUCAUCCAAAUUUCCCCCCCUUGAUGAACCUGUUACUGUUGCGCCUACUCCCGAAAGCGAUGUUCCUACGGAGCCUUCAAGGAAGUCUGGAGAUCACACAGAUUUGAGAGCCCAGCUGAAAGAAAUUGACUUGGAAGAAUCGGAUAGUGACAGUGAAGAAGACGAAGUCCCGCUGGCACUACUGGCCAAGUCGAGGACGUUGUCGGAAAGCCCCUCUGCGGCUUCUGCACCUUCGCCAGCUGUGACAAAUGGAACUGCGGUUCCCCCCGCUUCGUCAUUUGAUGAUAUUUUCGGUGUCGGCUCUUCGCCUUCUCCAGCCGCUACUACUAUCCCGACAACAGAGGCGGAUGCGUUUGGAGUACCUAUCAAAAAGUCGCCAAGUCCUUUUGAUACGUCCGACGUCUUUUCCACGUCGUCUACGGAUAAAUCACAGAACCGUGCCGUAUCGGGAGUCAAUGUGUUCGACGAGGCAAUGGGCAAAUUGCCCAGCACAGGACCGUCGCCCACUCAGUUCAGCUUUGACUCUGCGUUUGAUGACAAUUUCGACUUUGGAGCCUCAAGAGAACCAAAGUUCCCGCCUGCUCCUAAAACCGUCAAUGGUAGUGCUACUUCGCCACUACCCGCGCCCACCAAAGAUGAUGGUUUUGAUUCUCUAUUUGCAACGUCUACCGUUGUUACAGCUAACGGAAAUCACACGUCUGCGCCGGCUCCAGAUCGCGUACCUACGCCUACUCCUGUAGCCACGCUAGCUACAACCUCCUCUGCAGCCACGGUAGAGCCCUCUGGACCGUCAUUUGAUGAUGUAUUCUCAGGCUUCAACCCAUCUCCGCCAUUGAAUUUAGACACGACGUUAACGGCGACCCCAGCAAAGAUCUCUGAGUCACCGAAGCCCCUCCCUACGAGUACGUCCCCACCGGGGUCCCUGUCUUCUCUCCAGGGCGGCCCCCCCGUCUCGCCCCCUUUAAGAGAAAGGACACCACCACCACGCAUCAGCUCGCCCAAGCCCCGACCUUCGACGUCGUCCUCUAGUAAGGAAGGACAUGAACUUAAGCCUCCUACGACACGACAUUCGAAACUCAGUAUACGACUACCAUUUGGGAAGAAGAAGAAACACGAGGCUGUGGUCCCUCCACCAUCUCAAUUCCUGACGCCCCCUACUGAAGAGCCAAGGAGCACGUCUCCUGCUAGCGACGACGAUGUUGAGUCCGUCAAGCAGCUGACGGCCAUGGGCUUCAGCCGAACACAGGCAGUUACAGCCCUUGAACAGUACGGCUAUGAUGUUCCACGUGCCUUGAAUAGUCUGCUUGGUCAAUAA